AUGGCUCAUUCGGCACAGAAAGGGAAGAUUUUAGCAGUAAUUGGCGAUGAAGAUACUGUUGUUGGAUUCUUGCUUGGUGGCGUGGGCGAAUUAAAUAAAGCGAGGAAGCCGAAUUAUAUGAUUGUUGACAAAAACACGUCUGCGUCAGAAAUCGAGGAGGCUUUCAGAGGUUUUUGUGCUCGUGAUGAUAUUGCUAUUAUUCUCAUUAAUCAACAUAUUGCUGAACUUAUUCGUUAUACAGUAGACCAGCACACAGCAAGUAUACCUGCUGUGCUUGAGAUUCCUUCAAAGGAAGCUCCUUAUGAUCCGUCCAAGGAUAGUAUAAUGAGCCGAGCAAAAGGAUUAUUUAAUCCAGACGAUUUCCGGUGA